AUGCCCACAAUUAGAAGGAUUUGUACCUCUUCGCUUUUGAAUAGAUUCGUCUCGAGCGCAUCAAAAAACUUCUUGCGUUCCGCUUCUCUUGUCUCGUACAUUCAGGUUAUAUUGGCGCUGAACUUGACGCUCCUUGCUCUAGAACAGGAGCACAAACACACCACAGGCCCCACAGUUGCUCAUUUCGAGGAGGCCAAGGCCAGCGGCCAACUGCCUCACCAUUUUGACCUGCCUCCGGCCGCGCGACCCUCCUCUUCUGCCCACCUCAAUCUGCCCUUCUCUGUGCCGGCGUCCGGAGCGCCGUGGCUCCGAGUCCCGGAGUCAAGAGAAAACCGGCCUGAUCGGACAGACCGGGCCGUUGGCAACCGUCGCAUCCCACCGAUCGCCGACAAGGCGGUCGCCAGGGCCUCAUCGUUUGAGCAGAGCCGAUUGAGCUACCGACGUACAAACGGCUCGACGCGGGAUCUGAUCCGUCUCUACAACUGCGGUGAUCUGACCGCAGUGAUCCUGCCUCAACCGAUCGGCCAAGCCAAGACGCCGGCCCUACCGACGGUGCAUGCGGGCCAACAACGAAAGCCGAAGCCGGGCAAGUCGUUCGCCCACGUUUACAAUUCACUUGACCAGGAUUCGUCCGAAACCCUUCGCCCUCUUUCGCCGCUUUCGCCGCCUCCUCUUUCUCUUCCGCCGUACUCCUCUCUCACAGACGCCAUUCAGAGCGAGCCAACAGCACAAGUGACCGUCGUCUCGACCGAGCAGGCCCGGUUGCUGGCCGACCUGGAGGAGUACCUGCAGGAGGAGUUGAUCGUGAAGAGGAAUGCCAGAAUGGCUGAAAAGAUAGCCUUCGAGUUGAAGAAGGCGGAGCAACAGAGGAAAAGCGCACUCGUGGCAAUGUGA